CUCACCUCCAGCUUAUUCCCUGAGGAUGCACAGGUAGACUCCAUUGUCCAGGAUCACAUCCACCACCCAGAACCUCCUGGAACUACUUGCAGGGAGUUUUGUAGUUUUUUUAGUCUUUACAGAACCCGAGGAGGUUUGACUUUUUCAUUUUUUGUUCUGAUUUGAAUACUUUACCAUCUCUGAAGUGAAGCGAUGGCCAACCCAGGAAUACAGCUCCUCGGCUUCACACUGGCCUUCCUGGGCUUCAUCGGCUCCAUAGCAUCCACAGUCAUGGUGGAGUGGAAAGCUUCGUCCUAUGCAGGAGACAACAUCAUCACGGCUCAGGCCAUGUACGAGGGACUGUGGAAGACCUGUGUUUCACAGAGCACGGGUCAGGUUCAGUGCAAAGUCUAUGACUCUCUUCUGCAGCUACCAGGGAUUGUUCAGGGCGCUCGAGGCCUGAUGUUGUCCGCUGUCUUGCUUUGCUUUAUUGCAAUCAUGGUGGCGGUGGUGGGCAUGAGGUACACCACCUGCUUGGCGGAACAGCCGGAGCAGAAGGACAAGGUGGCGCUGGUUGGCGGGAUCGUCUUCAUCAUUGCUGGUCUGCUUGCUCUGGUUGGAACAUCCUGGUAUGGCCACAGAAUAGCACAGGAGUUUUACAACCCAUUUACUCCCACUAAUUCAAGGUAUGAAUUUGGAAGUGCUCUGUAUGUGGGAUGGGGCGCUGCAAGUCUCGUCAUCAUAGGAGGCUCCUUCCUCUGCUGCGGCUGCCCCACCAAAGCCUCAGGGAAAUCUCCACGCUACCCAGCAUCCAACUCUUCUGGACCGGCAGGCAGGGAUUACGUGUAGAGGGGCCAUCCCUCCCUUCAGCCUCCGCUCGUGGAGGAGUGAUAUAUGUGUUUGCAGCUGCUGUAAGGGGUGUUUGUUCAUAGUUGUUGAGGAAAUAAAGGUUUUUGGUUUCUUCCACAUGAGAAUCCACACAUAGUAAAGACUGAUUGUCAUUCAAGAAAUAUUCUGACACUUUCACAUGUGAACAAUGAAUCAAUAGUAGAAAUGACAGCAACAGUAAAUUAUGUAACUUGAAAUUUAAUUGUAAACCCUAAUCAUUAACUAAGAACUCAAGUACAUCAACAUUUGUUGACAUUUAUUUUACAUUAUAAUCAUUUUUUUGAAUUGAAAUAUUCAAAAAAGUAUAACUUUGCCCACAAUAGACAUCUCAGGGGUCUGUACAGUCUUUGCAGCUAAUAGCCACUUGAGUUAGAUUUGUGUUACUUUGCUUUGUUCGGAUGCAUCAUUAUUAUUUUAUCACAUGUAAAAUAAAAUCUUUGUUACUCUCA